AUGUCUCUAUGGAUAUUGGCCCGGCUUCGGCCAGGCCGAACGGCGUCCAUUCUACGGACACCGGCCUGUAAUUCCUACUCAACCAAGCGACCUUCGCAUUCGAGAAGAUAUGUGGCAACUGUCAGUUUUGUCGGCACGUCGGGCAUAGGGUGGUUCCUGAGCACCCGCGAUGAUGUACCAAGUCUCCAGAGCCCGCCUGCCGAGGACCUGGUCCCUGAAACCGGCCCUUCGAAAGAAGAAGUGACACAUAUCAUUUCCCGAGCUGCAUACUCGUUCGCUGUCAGAGACACCCCUGGUGUCAACAGAUACGACGGCAAUCAAUUAGCUUCCAAUUCGCCCUGCGAGGACCGGUACAUCCAUGGUACCUUUUCGCCGUACAAUGACGGUAAGAAAUGGAUGGCUUGGGCUGUUUUCGACGGCCAUGCCGGCUGGCAGACAGCGGAUCUACUGCAGAAGCAGCUUUUGACUUUUGUGCGACAUGGCUUGAGCCAAAUCAAGCUCUCAAGCGAAGGUUAUACAUCCGAUGCGUCUGUGCAGGAUGCCGUCGUUAAAGGCUUCUUGGCUCUUGAUGACUCUAUCGUCGAGACAGCCCUGCAAACAUCUCAGAGUAAGAUGUCUCUUGCAGAGAAAGUCAAGAAAUUGCUUCCCGCGUACGCGGGCUCCUGCGCUCUACUCUCUCUUUACGAUUCCGCCACAAGCACAUUACAUGUGGCGUGUACUGGUGAUUCAAGGGCGGUUCUGGGACAGCAAGGGCCUGAUGGAAAGUGGGAAGCCAUUCCGUUGUCAGUUGAUCAGACCGGUUACAACGAAGAAGAGAUUGCCAGGCUCUGCUCUGAGCACCCCGGUGAAAAGAAUAUGAUCAAGGACGGACGCGUCCUCGGGUUAGCAGUCUCAAGAGCUUUUGGCGAUACCCGAUGGAAGUGGCCACUGGACUUCCAACGAAAGAUGAAAAACAAAUUUGGUGCCCCGUCGCCUUUGACGCCAAAAUACGAUGUGCGGACACCCCCAUAUUUGACUGCUGAGCCGGUCGUAACCAGCACAAAAAUCGACCCGAACAAGCCUUCGUUCUUAAUCAUGGCAUCGGAUGGGAUUUGGGAUAUGCUCUCCAAUCAGCAAGCUGUCAAUCUGGUGACGAAAUGGAUAGAAGCGUCGACCGGCGAGAAGAGGAAGAGCGAGCUGGAGCCAGUCUAUGGGCCCUUCGAUUUGGGUCGGUUUGAGAAUGGCGUGGAUUGGAAGUUUGAGGAAAAACGAACAACCGUCCAAGAUGAGAAUGCUGCUGUGCACCUAGUGCGCAACUCCCUCGGUGGAAACCAUCAUGAGAUGGUGGCAGGCCGACUAGCCUUUAGCUCUCCCUUCUCACGAAACCAACGGGACGACAUGACUGUGCAGGUGGUCUUCUUUAAUGUGCCCGGAGUCGAGAAGCGAUAA